AUGGACCACAUCGGGAUCCUGGGGGCGCAUCUGCAGCAGCAUGCGCACGUGGAGCCCAUCAGCUUCGGCAUCGACCAAAUCCUCAGCAACGUGGAGCAGAGCUGCAUGCUGGGCGCGAGGAUGCUUGAGCCGGACUACGGACACUCUGCGUACCACGCGAGCACCAGCAGCGGCGCGAGCGGCAGCUUCACCUGCGGCAAUAACGGAUAUAAUAACGGCAGCGGCGGCUCGUGCGGAGUGUCUUCCCUCGGUGGAGCUUAUCACAUGAACAUGAGCGUGAACAUGAACGGCUCCAACCUGAACUCCUCCGGAGUCAUCCGCGUCCCCGCACACCGACCCAUCAGCGGCGCGAGCUCCGCGGCGCAGCCCGCGGUGAGCGGGACCAUCAGCAACCUGAACGCGCUCACCUUCCCCUGGAUGGAGAGCAACCGGCGCUACACCAAAGACAGGUUCACAGUGUCUCUCUCACCCCUCAAUGUAACACGUCGUGUAGGUCACCCCUACCAGAACCGAACCCCGCCGAAGAAGAAGAAGCCUCGGACAUCCUUCACGCGGCUGCAGAUCUGUGAGCUGGAGAAACGUUUCCACCGGCAGAAGUACCUGGCCUCGGCAGAGAGGGCCGCGUUGGCCAAGGCCCUGAAGAUGACGGACGCUCAGGUCAAAACCUGGUUCCAGAACAGACGGACCAAGUGGAGACGGCAGACGGCGGAGGAGCGCGAGGCUGAGCGCCAGCAGGCCAACCGGAUCCUGAUGCAGCUGCAGCAGGAGGCCUUCCAGAAGACCAUCAACCAGCCGGUGACCCCGGACCCUCUGUGCCUGCAGAACAGCUCUUUGUACGCCCUGCAGAACCUUCAGCCCUGGACCGAGAACACGGCAAAGAUCAGCAGUGUUACAACCUGCGAGUAG